CACAUUAAUCCAUUGUCCGCAUCGAGUACGUAGCAUCGCCAUUUAACUACCACCGCCCAACGCGACACAACCACGCGUGACGGCGCAGACGGAACCGAUACACGACAGAGCGCUGUGCGCCCAUACAGCUGCUAACUCUCUAACGACAUUCAACUCGGACCGAGCCGCCAGAUGGUCCGCUCUUGAUUGCACCUAUCCUUCUCCCACUUCCCCCUUCCACACCCCUCACAUCGACUCUCCAUAACCCUCACGCUCGCGCCCAUUGCGGCGCAACCCACAGAUUGCCCGUCAUGGAGACAAUCAACUUCGACAUCAACGAUGCGCUCAAGCACUACAUGUCGGACCCGGCCAGCAUCCCCACGCCCGAGGCCGACAGCGCCCUCUUUGACUGCGAGAAUGACCCCGAAGGCCUCACAAACCCCGUCAUCAACUCCGUGCUGAACCCCAUCGUCGACGCCGUGGCCGACAACCCGGACGCCAUCAUGCGCGCCUCCCACAUGGACUCCCUGCAGUUCCUCCUCAAAUACACGGCCUACCUCCCGACCCACGCCCUCAGCAAGAUCUUCGACCUUGUCAUGAGCGGCCUGAGUGCCGAGGCCGACGGUGUGCACAACGACAUCGACUCUCCGGACGAGCAGGACUCGGUACUGCACCACAAGAAGCUCCUCGAGAUCUACGGCUUUCUGCUGCAAUGGACCAUUGCCGCUGUCGAGACUAAGGCCGCCGAGAAGUCUUCCGCCGCUCCCGCAUCCCGUGGACGUGGAAAGCCCAAGAAGGGCGCCGCCAAGGACAAGGAGGCCGUAUGGGACUCUGCAAGCCAACUCCAGGCUGCCCUGGACAUCAUGUGCAAGGUCUUGAAACUCAAGCUCUCCAAGAUCUUCCUCACCACCAGCGAGAGGGAUACAUUUAUCGGCCUCCUCACCCGUCCGGUCUACAUGAUCCUCGAGAGCGAGCAGCGCGUCAAGAACACCACCAUCCGGAUGCACUGCUUCAAGGUCUUGUGCAUUGCUGUCAAGCACCACGGUCAUGGAUAUGCUGCGCAAAUCAACAUCAUCCAGAACCUUACCUACUUUGAGCACCUUUCGGAGCCCAUGGCCGAGUUUCUGCACAUUCUCGCAGAGACCUACGACUACCCACAACUUGCCGAUGAGGUGCUGCGAGAAAUCAGCAACAAAGAGUUCAACUCCAACGAUACACGAGGACCCAAGUCCGUUUCAUCAUUCAUUGCGAAGCUGUCAGAGUUGGCUCCUCGCCUGGUGAUUAAGCAGAUGACAAUGCUUGCGAAACAGUUGGACAGCGAGUCUUAUACCCUUCGUUGUGCGUUGAUCGAGGUAUGUGGCAACAUGGUUGGCCAUCUCAGCAAGCAGGACGAGCGCAGUGAGAACCACAAGUCUCAACUUAAUGCCUUUUUUGAUGUGUUGGAAGAGCGAUUCCUCGACAUCAACCCGUACUGCAGGUGCAGGACACUACAAGUCUAUAUGAGACUUUGCGAGCUUGACCAAAAGUUUCCCAAGCGACGCCAGAAGGCUGCCGAGCUUGCAUGCCGAAGUCUCGAGGACAAGAGCAGCAAUGUCAGGCGAAAUGCUAUCAAACUCCUAGGAACCCUCAUCAAGACUCAUCCCUUCACUGUUAUGCACGGCGCACAGCUCUCCAAAAAGGAGUGGCAAGCCCGCCUAGACAAGGUUGAGGAGGAGCUGGAUGCUUUGAAGCCACCACCCGGUGUCCCGAGCUUCGGCGGCGAGGGCGCCAACACCACUGUCGACAACACGCUUCUGGACGAUGCCACACAGGUUGGCUCUCCCAUGAAGCCUAAGCAGAUGACGGAGGAGGACAAAGUCGAGGCCAUCAAGCAGGCCCAAGAGCAAGCUGCCACGAGUGAGGCCAUUGAAAAACUCACUCUGACGAGGAGGUACUACAACGAGGCCAUCAAAUUCAUUGAUGUACUCCACGAUGCCACCGGCACCAUUUGCCAACUCUUGGGAUCGAGAAACAAGAGCGAGGUCAUUGAGGCCAUUGACUACUUCGAGGUCGGCGAUGCCUACAACAUUGAGCAGAACAAGGACGGUAUUCGACGCAUGCUCCGUCUGAUCUGGACCAAGGGCAAUAGCGACGAGGGCAAGGGAGUGCAGACGCACUUGAUUGACUGCUACAAACGCCUCUUCUUCGAGGCCCCCGACUCCUUCAGUCCCAACGACGCGGCAAACUACAUUGCUCGCAACAUGAUCAGUCUGACAUUUGGAGCAACUCCUGCUGAGCUCACCUCUCUAGAGCAGCUGCUUGCGACUAUGAUGAAGAGCGGGCAUAUCCUCGACGUCGUCAUCGCCAAGCUGUGGCAGGUCUAUGGUGUCCAGAGGCGGGAAAUUUCGCGGACUCAGCGACGAGGUGCCAUCAUUGUCUUGGGCAUGCUGGCAACGGCAAAUCCUGAGAUUGUGGUGGGUGAAAUGGAGACGAUGCUCCGCACUGGUCUUGGAUCCCACGGACGGAAUGAUCUCCAGCUGGCCAAGUUCACCUGCAUCGCCUUGAGGAGGAUUAACCCGAUUGGCCGGCAAGCUAAGGAUUCGCCGGCCAAGUUCUCUCGCCUGCCCAACGACCAUGCCGUAUCAGUGAGAUUGGCCGCCAUCACCGAGGUUCCCUCGGACAGCAAGGAGUGGUAUGGAGUGGCGGAGCAAGCCAUCAACGCCAUGUAUGCCAUCUCCAAGCACCCUGACACGCUCUGCUCGGAUAUUAUUCGUCGAAAGGCGCGACAGGUCUUUAGCCAGCCGCAGUCUCGACCUGGCUCUCGGCCAGUCUCUCGAGAUGACACUAAGGCUGCCCCAGACGCUGACCAAACUGGCACUCAGGGCGACAAGCCCAAGAAGCGAGACAACGCCAUUGGCCUGUCCCAACUCCUGUUCAUUGUUGGCCAUGUGGCAAUCAAGCAGAUUGUUCAUCUUGAAUUGUGCGAACAAGACUUCAAGCGUAGGAAGCAGGAGAAGGAGAAGCUAGCUCCUGCCAAGGCGGAAAAGGACAAGGAGGAUGCCGACGAGUUGGACCUCAUCGGAGGCACAACUGAAGACGACUUUACAGAAGCCAUGGCGCACAUCCGAGAACGGGAACUCCUGUACGGCCCCAGCUCGCUGUUGGCUGUGUUUGGUCCUCUGGUUUCAGAGAUCUGCGCCAACAACACAACAUACGCCGACAAAGGCCUCCAGGCCGCCGCAACGCUGUGUCUGGCAAAACUCAUGUGUGUGUCGGCCGAGUACUGCGAGGUCAACCUGCCCCUCCUCAUCACCAUCAUGGAGCGGUCGCCCGACGCCACGGUACGAUCCAACGCUGUCAUCGCCUUAGGUGACAUGGCCGUCUGCUUCAACCACUUGAUUGAUGAGAACACGGACUUUUUGUACCGCCGUCUGGCUGACGAUGAUGCGUCCGUCAAGCGAACAUGUCUGAUGACGCUGACGUUCUUGAUUUUGGCUGGACAGGUCAAGGUCAAGGGUCAGCUAGGCGAGAUGGCCAAGUGUCUGGAGGAUGAGGAUCGCCGGAUCGCAGACCUGGCCAGAAUGUUCUUCACUGAACUCAGCACCAAGGACAACGCCGUGUACAAUCAUUUCGUCGACAUGUUCAGCUUGCUCAGUGCAGGUGGCAAGAUGGAGGAAGAGAGCUUCCGCAGGGUUGUGCGCUUCCUUUUGGGCUUUGUGGAGAAGGAUAAACACGCGAAGCAACUUGCUGAGAAAUUGGCCGCUCGACUCGGCCGUUGCGAGACUGAGAGGCAAUGGAACGAUGUUGCCUUUGCCUUGGGACUGCUGCAGCACAAGAAUGAAGAGAUUACGAAGCUAGUGUCGGAAGGGUUCAGGGUGAUUCAGGCGACGGCUUGAGAUGGCAACAACAGUACAUUAUACGGGAAAUAAUUGUGUAUUAUACGGUCAUCAAGGAAAGCAGCGGAGUUUGGAUCCUCUUGGGUAUGAUGGCAUGAGUGAUGGCGGGAAUGCAAUGAUGACAUAGAUGGAUUGAUGAGAAUUUACUAUUUCGCAAUUGAUACCAGGUCAUUAUGUGCGA